AUGCCGGGGCCGGGAUGCCGCCGGGUGGGGUCGGCGCCUGAUGGAACGCAGGACGAACUGGUUGCCGUGGUGACCAUGGAGAAGGCGAACAGCACCGUGAACCGGAUGAUGGCGGAGGGGCGGCUGGGGGAGCUGGUGUGCGUGGUGGUGGACGAGGCGCACAUGGUCGGCGACCCACACAGGGGCAUCUGCCUGGAGCUGUGCCUCACAAAACUCCGCUUUGCGGCUGCCGCGGCUGCAGCCGCCGCCGCUGCAGCCGCUGCACCCCCGCUGCCCGCUUCAAGGGGUGUAGACGUGAACACAGCAUCCGCCGUCCCUUCACAGCCGCCCCUGCCCUCGUUCUCCUGUCAGCUGGUGUGCAUGUCGGCCACCAUGUCGGGGCUUGAUGAUAUGUGCGGCUGGCUGGGGGCUCGGCUCUUCAUGACGAACUUCAGGUGA